GACUUAACUUGAUUGGUUCAGUCCACAGAUAUAUAGUAUAUAUGAGCUGCAAUUUUAAUUCAUCGAAGUUGACUAAGUUUAAAAAGAAAAAGAGGCAUUGCUCUAUUAGAAACUUUGUUAAAACAUUUUUAUUAGGUUUCGGUGAAUUAUCCGGAUUUCUUGAAAUCAGUAAUUUAAUCUUCUUGUAAAAGAACGUUACGUUUAUUUUUUCGAGUUAAUUGAGAAUAAGAGUAAACAACAACUUAAAAAAUGCUGGAUAAUUUGAACUUCAAGUCCAUUCCAACACACAUGGACUUUGAUGGUCAACGUAGAGCAGAGAAGAUAUUUCAGACCAUCAUUUUAGUAUUUGGUAUUGUAGGGUUUAUCGGGGGAUACAUUUACCAGCAGUUUUCUUACACUGUAUACAUUCUGGGUGCAGGAUUUGUCUUAUCUUGCUUGCUGACAUUGCCACCUUGGCCCAUGUAUCGACGAGAACCUUUACCUUGGCAGAAACCUCAGAUUGAGAACGUUGAAAGUACUCAGAAAUCAAAGAAGAAGACUAAAUAAAGCUGUGUUAGAAAUUCACUCCGUUUAUGCCUGUGCAUUCCGUGAUUUUCUUGGUUAAGAAAACUGUAUUCCUUAUGAAAUAAUUUCAGUUGUAAAACAGCAAAAACAGUAAUUAAACUUGAUGUGUUAUUGGUUUACUAUUGGUCUUGUAGGACACAUUAAAAUAGUAAUACAAGUAAAAACAUGUACAUCUUAUUUAAGCAGAGAAAUAAAUGAUCUACAGAAAUGUAA